GUGGGUCUUCGCAACGCAUGUGGGUGCGUUAGGUUACUGAAGUUUUUUUCCCCCUAAUGUAAACAAGUAGCCUGAGGCUUUUGAAUUUAGUUAUUUCGUAUGUCGGGAUCGGAAAAUUGUUUUCUCAUUCGUACUUUAAUUGCAGUGUGACAGCUAAUCACAUGAAAGUGCAUUUUAGUCCAUCGACCAACUGUUUUUACGAAUUAACUGUGCGUAAUGAAAACUCAUUCCAGGCAUAGUGGGGAAAUAUUGAGGAAAUGUGACUAUCUCUCAAUGUUUUGUUUGCAUCCAAGGUUUUUCUCCAAAUUAUAUGUGCUCCCCGCAAAAUUCUCAAAAUUAUGCGUACUUCCCAAAAUAUUUCUUCAACAUUCCCCACAGUUUCUCAGUCUUUCCACAAGGCGAUCCCAAUGGGGAGUUAGAUGAGUUUAAGCUCACCUAGUGGAUUCUAGAAGUUGUAGACCGAAGGCUUGUGUGUACAUAUUUGAAUUUCUAGGUUUCAGCGGACUCUGCAAGUGGGGUAAACUUUUGCGUGUUCCAGGCCAGUAUUAACAAGCCGCAGUACCUUAAUUGUAUUGGCAGAGUAGUAUCCGUAAGUUCCAAAAUACGCUGAAUGUACUAAUGAUCGGGUCGUAAACCUAAUUUUAUAGUCAGAUGCUCAAAGACUUCAAAAUUAGUAAAGGAAUCUGUCAUUGUGUUCAACCAAUAUUUCUAGAUUUUAUUUAGAUUUUUCACUGACUGUGGAUUGGUAACCUAACCCUAGUGACACGUAACCUAUACAUCAAUGCAUAUAGUGAGAAUAUUCUUCAUACUGUUCAGUUUGUGGGUGGUGCCUCAUGGUCAAGAAGCUCAGUCAGUGAACCAACCUUCACAAGGUUCUAAUAGUCACCCAGGGAAUGAUCACCUCAAGCAUCUGCACAUUUUGUUUCGACAUGGUGACCGGUCUCCUAUAAACAGCCUACCUGCAAUUUUUCCAAACUUUUCAGCUGUUUGGCCACAGGGUUUUGGUCAACUUACAAACAUUGGUACACAGCAACACUUCAUGCUUGGUAAAUGGUUACGGUCGAAAUAUGAAGGAUUUGUCCCUACUAAAUAUAACGGAUCUUAUUAUCAUGUACGUAGCACUGACGUCGACAGAACUCUGAUGUCAGCUAUGGCUAAUUCAGCUGGGUUUUACAACUCGUCUUAUUCACCCCUUACUGAUUACGGCGUCAAUUGGUCUCCUGUUCCAGUGCACACAAAACCUCAGAUAACAGAUGCACUUCUCGGUGUAUCACCAUGUCCUCGACGAGAUAAGUUGCAACAACAACAAAUGGAUAGUUUGUCAUCUGUUGAAUUUGAAAAGAAACACUCUGAAUUAUUUAGUAAGCUCACUAAUGUAUCCGGGAUUGGUCAGGUCAAUCGGCAUAAUAUAUGGUUGAUCAGUGAUUUUAUUACGUGUAUGACUGCGCAUAAUAUUACUCUUCCUGAUUGGUGUACAAAGGAAUUAUUAGCUGAUUUGGAUGAAGUCAGCAAAUUCUAUUGGGUGAAAAAGUUUACUUCGUCAAGUGAUAUUAUUCGAUUAGAAAUUGGCGUUUUUUUAGAUUCAUUCGUCAAACAUGUCCGUUCAAUUAUCAAUGGAGGGAAAGUAGAUAUGCUUGGAGAGCAUCCUUUAUCUACUAAUCACAUAAUGGUUUAUUCAGCACAUGAUACUGAUGUAACAUAUCUGUUAGCUGGUUUUGGCGUUUAUGACAAUCAGACAGUUCAUUACGCUUCAACUGUAAUACUAGAACUAUAUGGUCCUGAAAAAUCGGAUGAAGAGAGUGAUUUCAGCCUUAAACUACUCUAUAAAAGAGGUUGGACUGAUAAAAAGGGUGAAUAUUUAACAUUUCCUGUCUGUAAAGAGAAAAAUAUUACUUCUGGUUGUCCUGUCAAUCUUGUGUUUGAACAAAUAAAACCAUUGUUAAUCGAUCGUAAAAGCUUUUAUGAUGCGUGUUCAUUCGACGAAUCAAACAGUAAUUAUCCACUACAUCCAGUCCUACUUGUCUUCAUUGGUGCAUUAAUCUCUACAGUUUUACUGCUUACAUUAUUCUGGUAUUAUACAUUCCGUUUACGUCGUUAUCAUAGUCUAGAUGUGAUGGAACAACCAAUUCUAUAAGUAUAAGCAAUGAAGCGAUAAAUUAACGAAUGCAGCUUAAAGACAAAUUCGCGUAUUGCUAACUUUUUUUCUUCCUCGUGUACCCUAUCCAUUCUCCAAACAUCUUGCCUUUUUAUUGAUGAUCAUUUUUUUUAUAUGCGUAUGUUGUUUUGUUCUGUGAUGCUUUAUUUUUGUAUUCCACUACUUCUAUAGUGUUGAUGAUUUUUGUCAAUUGUUAAUCACAUUCUAUGCUCAAUUACUUUGUUUUACAUGAUUAUUGUUAUUAAUAUUGACGUUUUGAAUGUUGUUUGUGGUACCCAAAAUAUACUUAAUUACGGAUUGUCUGGAAUUCAUUAGU